UGGCUUUGUCAAUGAUAACACGUGUCAACAGUUCAUUUUGGGCCCAUUGUUUAUCCGGUUUUUAUUGUUGUUUGUCAGCUGAAGAGCCGAGGGCUUGAGUUGGAACGAUUGCGAGGAGUUGGCGAGAACGUGAAGUAGAAAAAUUCAGUACCGGUCAGACUGUCGCGCGGAGUGAGAUCCCGGGGAGAUUAGACGGAGUUUUUAGUGAUUUUUGUGGGGGUUGGGAUUAUUCAGUGGUUCCCGACUGGAUGGUGACAUUGUUUCGAUGAUGUUUGUGAUGGUUGCAGUGGUCAGAGGGUGAAGGAAUGGGAAGUCCGAGGAUUAUUGGGUGAUUUUGGGAAGUAAAGGGUGGGAGUGGAUAAUUUGGUGGGAGAAAUUUGUGAAGAUUUUGAGUGAAUUGAAGAUUUUGGGAGUUUUGUGGUGGAGUUGACUUCGGCCUUGAGCUUUUGGAGUUGAUAUUGCUGGUGGUGGUUGAAGGGCAGGACUUGAGGUGAUUAUUGUGGGGAUUUGGGAAUUAAAAGGACUGGAGUGGAUAGGAUUGGAAAUUAAUGGAUUGAACAUUCCGGAUUUUUGCGACGAUUUAGGAUUUGGCCUGAGCUUUUGGGAUUAAUGGCGCUUCUAGUGCUUUAUUAAGUGACAGGACUUGAGAUUGUUGUUACAUAAAUUUGGGAAUUAACAGGAGUGAAGUGGAUAAAGCAGGAUUCAAGCGGAAUUGUGAAGGAUUCUGGAAUUUUAAUGAUGGUUUAGACUUUGGUCCUGAGCUUCUGAGCUUAACACUGUCUCUGAUAUUUUAUUAAGCACCAGAACUUGACAUGGUUGUGCAUAAAUUUGAGAAUUAAAAGGACUGGAGAUAAAUCCCUGAAGCAGAUUCGUAGAGGAUUCGCAAUCAAUUGAAGAUUCCGUGACUUUAGUGACCGUUUGGACUUUAAUCCUGUGCUUUCGGACUGGAUAUUGACUCCGGUAUCUUUAUUAAGAUUCAUAACUCCAGCUACUUAUCGCCUGGAGAGUGGAGACUACGGAUAACUGGAAUAAAAUUCUAUGGAUUGAAAAUUCGAUGCUUUUCGUGACAUUCGGACAAUCAUCACGUGCUUUUAAACCAAAUAUUAAUUGUGCUUUCGUCAUUCCCAUGAUUUUCAUCCUCUCUUCGCUGACUGCAGCCUAGCGCGGCAUAAAUCCAUCCAAUCACCCUCCUAUUACCGCAUAAAUUCGGGAAUUGAAAGGUCUGGAGUCACUAAAUUCCCAAAACAGAUUCGUGAAAGCUUUAGGAUCAGCUGAAGCUUCAGUGAUUUUACCGAAAUUAUCCGGCUUUCGAUCCGCGAUAUGGACCGAUCCGUCGGUAUUCUCGGAUCUCCAGGGGUUACCGCCUUCGACCUGUGAUCAGACGUAAUUUUUACUGAGCGAUGAUUGAAAAUUAACUCGAAGGGGAGAAUAUUGUGUCGAGUCGCCCUAAGAUGAUGCAGUCCACCUGUCAGCCGCACCAGGUGCCCCAGCCCAAUGGCAGCUCUGCCAGCAGAACGUCCUUCUUGAUCGAGGACAUCCUCAAUCGGGGGAGUGUUCAUCAAGCUGGCCACAAUCAGGGACAUGUGCAUCAUCAGUUCGCUGCGGCCCACAAUCAUCAUCAUCAGUAUCAGCCAUUCGCGAGCCUUUUGCCGAGCUAUUCGACGGGCCCUCCUGCUGCUUUCUUCCUUGGACCGCUCUUCGGCACCGCCGGCAUGGGCGUCGGCGUUGUACCGGGUGUCAAUGAACUUGCCGCACUUAAACAUUGCCGGCGGAGAAAAGCACGAACUGUCUUUAGUGAUCAACAAUUAGCCGGACUGGAGGCGAGAUUCGAGGCCCAGAGGUACCUCAGUACUCCAGAGCGUGUGGAGCUCGCUGCAGCCCUUCAUUUGUCCGAGACCCAGGUGAAGACGUGGUUUCAAAAUCGUCGAAUGAAGCAUAAAAAACAAUUGAGAAAGAUCAAUAACAAUGGGGGGAGCAAUGGAAGCCUCUCAGGAGGACAACAAUGCGGAGGACAACCCAACUCGGCCACUUCUCCAGGGGAGAGACCAGUGGAUUUUUCCCUCAACGGCGGACGCGAGUCGCACGCAAGUAGUGACGCCGCAGUUGAUUCAGACUCCGACGAGAUUGAUGUUCUCGGCGACGAAGCCCCAUCACCUCCUCAAAUGACAUCGUCAACUCUUCACCUACCGAGACGCAGUAUGUCAUCGCCAACAGGCUUCCACCGAUCCAAUCAUCACUCCAGUCUGACAAUGAGCCACUCCCUCCAGUCGCCUCACCAGGAGCAACCCCCUCAGCGUCACCAUCGCUGAACAACCACCGAUAUUUUCACCCUCACAGUGACACUGGUGGUAACGUUUUCAGUUGCAUUAUCUAGAGAACAGAACUUUGCAUUCUUCAUCGAUGUAACUCGGU